UUUUUGCGUCAGCAGUUUCCUUUAUUCUGAUUUGUUUAAAUUUCUGAUUUGUUUCCAGAUACUUGAUUACUUUUUAAUUUUUGUGGUGUCCAAUAAAAAGCUUAUGGAGUCUGCUUCGGCAUACCGUCCUAUUAGAAAAACUCUAUAUAUUUUAAGAGCUUACACAAUUGGAAGAGCCAAUGGAAAGCGAAAAACAACCGUUAAACCUUGGGAAAGAGGAAUCGAGAGCGGUUGAAGUUGACCAAAAUGUAUUAAGAAAAAAUAAUCAGUUUGAAAAGAAGAAGAAAGAAGUGGCACUCAAAGUGUAUCCCCAAAGAUGGUACAUACUAGCUUUGUACGUGGUGUACAUGAUAUGUAACUCGUCGCAAUGGCUUCAGUACUCUAUUAUACCAAACGCCGUGACAAAGUUUUAUAGAGUCACUAACUGGCACGUCAAUUUGACAUCGCUUGUGAUGAUGGGAUGUUAUUUGCCAUUAGCGUUGCCCGCUGCAAGUUUUAUGGACCGGAUUAGCCUCAGGUGGACAGCAAUUCUUGGCUCAUCAGGAACUGCUCUUGGCUCCUGCAUCAAGGUGUUCUCCGCUACUCCUGGCGGUUUCUAUGUAACUCUGACCGGCCAAAGUGUGGUAGCCGUCGCCCAAGUCUUGAUGCUGAGCGUACCGCAGAAAUUAUCCAGUAUUUGGUUUGGGGAACGUGAGGUUUCAUCGGCUUGCAGUAUUGGAGUCUUUGGUUUCCAAUUCGGUCUAGUUGUGGGAUUUUUCUUACCUCCAAUAUUAGUCUCAGACCACGAAGACCCAAACCAGAUUGGAGAUGAUUUAUUCAAAAUGUUUGCUUACUCUGCAUUUACGUGUAGUUUAGUAGCAGCUUUAGUUAUUUUCACUUUUAAGGCCGAACCACCUUUACCGCCAACUCUUAGCCAAGCGAGAGCAAGAUUGGCAACCAAAAGUAACUUGAGCUUGUACAUGAGAACUCUUAAAAGGAUCUUCUCUCAACGUAGUUUGGUAGCACUUUUUAUUACCACGGGCAUCAAUAAUGGAUGUUUUAAUGGCCUCUCCACUUUGUUAAGCCAGAUAUUUGUGAAUUAUUUUCCAGGUCAUGAAGAAACCGCCGGUAACAUAGGCGUGACUAUGAUAGUCUUCGGUAUGACGGCAUCUGUCACAUACGGCUUUAUUCUUGACAGAACGAAGAAAUUCAAGUUUCUGCUUACGUUUAUUUACUACAUGUCUGCUGUUGCUAUGGCGACGUUGACUGCUCUUUUGGUUUACUGUAAGGUGGUGUGGGUUAUGUUCGCUGCGGCAGCUUUUGUUGGGACAUUUCUCUGUGGAUUUACUGCCGUGAGCUUCGACGUUGCAACCGAACUGACUUACCCUGAGUCGGAACUUAUCAUCGGAACUAUUAUGAACAUGAUGUCAUUACUAUUCACUUUUGCGACAACCUUAACAUUUGGGUACAUUAAUGAGACACUUGGCUACUUCUGGGGUAACGUCGGCUUCGUAAUAACCUUAGUAUUUGGAGCUACGUGUACGUUGCCAAUAAAAUUUGAACAUAAGAGAACGUUGGCGCAGAGAACAAAAUUAAACAAAGAAAAGUGUGAAUUUAUGAAAUACUAA